CGGGCUUCCCCUUAAAUGCGCCGGGCCCUCCGCCUGCAGCCGGGAGCCCAGGAGCGAGCGAAGGAGCGGAGGGAACGGAGCCUCUCCCGUCCUCAGCCGCGGUCAUGCCCCUGCGGUCCCGGCACCCGCCCGCCUGAGCCGAGCCGCCGGCGCCUGUGGCCGCGCCCGUCCGUCCGUCCGGCUCCCCGCAGGCGCCCGGCCCGCGGCCUCCGUGUCCCCGGCCCCGGCCGCCCUCGCCAUGCGGGCACCGGCGCUGCUGCUGGCCGCGCUGGCCGCGCUGGCGCAGGCCCGGGAGCCCCCGGCGGCGCCCUGCCCCGCGCGCUGCGACGUGUCGCGCUGCCCGAGCCCGCGCUGCCCCGGCGGCUACGCGCCCGACCCCUGCGGCUGCUGCCUGGUGUGCGCGGCCGGCGAGGGCGAGCCGUGCGGCCGGCCGCUGGACGCGCCCUGCGGGGACAGCCUGGAGUGCUCGCGCGGCCUGUGCCGCUGCCGCUGGGCGCACGCCGUGUGCGGCACCGACGGGCACACCUACGCCAACGUGUGCGCGCUGCAGGCGGCCAGCCGGCGGGCGCUGCGGCUCUCCGGGGCGCCCGUGCGCCAGCUGCAGAAGGGCGCCUGCCCGCUGGCGUAGGUCUCCACCAGCUGACCAGCCCGCGGUACAAGUUCAACUUCAUCGCCGACGUGGUGGAGCAGAUCGCGCCAGCCGUGGUCCACAUCGAGCUCUUCCUGAGACACCCGCUGUUCGGCCGCAACGUGCCGCUGUCCAGCGGCUCCGGCUUCCUGGUGUCGGAGGCCGGCCUGAUCGUCACCAACGCCCACGUGGCCUCCAGCACCAACGCCGUGUCCGGCCGCCAGCAGCUCAAGGUGCAGCUGCAGAGCGGCGACACCUACGAGGCCACCAUCAAAGACAUCGACAAGAAGUCGGACAUCGCCACCAUCAAGAUCCACCCCAAGAAAAAGCUCCCGGCGCUGCAGCUGGGCCGCUCGGCAGACCUGCGCCCCGGCGAGUUCGUGGUGGCCAUCGGCAGCCCGUUCGCCCUGCAGAACACCGUGACCACCGGCAUCGUCAGCACAGCCCAGCGGGACGGCAAGGAGCUGGGCCUGCGCGACUCGGACAUGGACUACGUGCAGACGGACGCCAUCAUCAACUACGGGAACUCCGGGGGACCCCUGGUGAACCUGGACGGUGAGGUCAUCGGCAUCAACACGCUCAAGGUCGCAGCGGGCAUCUCCUUCGCCAUCCCCUCCGACCGCAUCGCGCUCUUCCUGACCGAGGUCCAGGACAAGCACGCCAAAGAGGUCCUGACGGCCCCGUCCGUUGCAGACUGGAAGAAGCGCUUCAUCGGCAUCCGGAUGCGGACCAUCACCCCCAGUUUGGUGGAGGAGCUGAAGGCCAACAACCCGGACUUCCCGGAGGUCAGCAGAGGCAUCUACGUGCAGGAGGUGGUCCCGAACUCCCCGUCUCAGAGAGGGGGCAUCCAGGACGGCGACAUCAUCGUCACGGUGAACGGGCGGCCGCUGGCGGACUCGAGCGAGCUGCAGGAGGCCGUGCUGACCGAGUCGCGGCUGCUGCUGGAGGUGCGGCGCGGCAACGACGACCUGCUGUUCAGCAUCGCCCCCGAGGUGGUGCUGUGAGCGCCCACACGGAGCGACGAGGGACCGCCGUCCUCAGCACAGCGGCGCCCACCGGGCGCCCGCGACAGCCACGGGCCCGGCCAGGCCCGAACCCCAGCCCGGGCUCCCCCGCUCCGGUGCCCGCGGGCGGCCGCGGCCCCUCGGACAAGUGAUCCGAGGCCACCGUCCAGUCCUCGGCGUGUGGUCCGGUCGGGGCAGACGAGACGCCUUCAGCCCCAGAGGCCCACCCCCACCGCCCGCCUCUGCACCGCUCCUCCCCCCACCGCCCUCCCCACGCUAACCUCAGGGCUCAGCUCCCAAACCCCCGGCCCCCCGGCCCCCCGGCCCCCACGGCCCCCACGGCGAGUGACCAGGACCGCCUGGCGCCCUUCGGGGCGAGCCUGGCCUGGAGCGGGCACGCAGGACCGCCCUGCUGCCCCGGAGCCUGUGGCUGGCUGAGGCCCUCCCCUGGCGGGAGACGGGCUGGCGGGGAGCUGGAACCGCGGGGAGGUGGGGGGGGGGGGGGCUGCAGGACCGAGCGCUGAGCUGACCUGGACCCAGAGCAGCAGGAGGCAUGGCCGUCAGCGGGGGCGCCGUCCGGUGCCUGUGAGCUCUGGGGCCCAGCCCCUGCCGCGUGCCCGUGUCUCUCUACUGUACGGAAUUAAAGUUUACAAGCACA